ACUUAUGUAGCAGCACGAAAAACAUGAACACGCCAACAUAACGGAUCUAGUGAUUGUGUUAGUGGUGAUUCCAUUCGUUCUCAUGUACUACACAAGGCUUUAGACUUACUAAGCAACUUGAAGACUCCAAUUUAAUGCUUUGUUUCUCUUUUUCUCGUAUUCUAUUGACUAUUUUCUUACUUGCUCUUAUGCUGAUGCGUGAAGUGGAGUCUAAAGAGUGGAGGAAAGCUUUAUUAUAUGAUUCCCUCUCUACAAUUGUUAUGUAUUAUAUAUCUACACGCUAUCUUCUUCUUUUUAUUUAAUUGUCACUCUUGCAAGCAAGCGUUCAUUCAGCUGAAACAUUUCCUGCACACAUGGGACAUUAAUUCGUUCAGCUGAACGAGUUAUCUUGAGAUAUACAAGGAGAUACUAGUUACUCUGCUCUCCAGGUGUUGAGCGGAUUCUACCAAGUGUCAAAAAUCAUACUUUUCACACAAUUAUCUCAAUAACUGAGUUUAGAAAAAUUAUUGAGAUUACAUAAACAACAUUUUGUGAAAAUAAUAUUCUUUUAAGUCAUCAUUUAAUAAGUGAUUCCAAUGAAUGUGUUGAGUUACGGAAUUUAAAUAAGAACACUUAUCACAAAAGUUGUGAAAGAAGAAACCUAUUCUUAAUCAUAAAAUCGUGGUUAUAUUUAACGAAGAAUAUGAAAUAGACUGAUUGUGAUUUCAAUCCGUGUGCAGUGAAUCAUUUUUAUCAGUGUUUCGUCAAGAUAAUGUAACAAUUGAAGGUGAUUAAGUAGUGGUAUUAGUGAUGGUGAAAACUCAAAGUUUUUCUAAUGAAAUAAAUGACCGUUCUACAAAUAUUCUAAUUUAAGUUACUAAAGUUCAAGUUUUUGAUGAUCUAUGUAAUUAAUCGAUGAUUAAACUAGUAAUUUAGUCCAUUUAUAAACUAAAUAGUAAUUGAAAUAUUAAUUAAAUAAAGUGACCUAGUAUAUAAAUACUAAAUAAAUGGCAAUGGUUAAGGAUCCUGUUUGCACAAAAAAAUCAACAAGAUGUUUGAAAAUUCCCUUGAACUCUACGGAGCAAAUUUAUUUGGUUUUCUUAAUACCUGCGGUUCUGAGCUGCUGUGUUUAUAUGCUCCACUUCGCGGCAGAUCUUGUGGUUGCUGUUCAACACUUCCGGGAGGAAAAUCCGAUAUGGGGUUCCUGUACGAUUGUCUUUAUGUACGCACCAGCUAUCGCAUAUUUUAUUCUAACUGUCUCCAGACCUGAUUGGUGGAUGACUGAAGAUCAAAAAGUAUCUAAAGGAAUUUUUGUCUGGUUGACUUUCCAACUCUGUCAGCUUAUUGCCUUUCCACUUUUUGCAUUGUACAGGUUUGCCGGACAAAUUGUAGUAAUUGUAGAUUCAAUUCUAUUGAGUGGAGAAGAGCGGAAUAAAACUUUAAGCAUCGCAGCAGCUCCUGCAGCAAUAGAACUUUAUUUCUUUCUUCAAGCCUGGUUCCAAGCAGCCCCUCAAGCAAUAUUUCAGAUACAUUUAUUAUUCAGAGAGCGUACUACUGAACGAACAUAUCAAUCAGUUGUUAUUCAUGUCCUUUGUAUUCUCAUAUCAAUAGUCGUUUUGGCUAUUCAGACAACAUCCUUCCAAAGAUUUGAAAGCCAAAGAAUAAAUGGACGAAAAUUGCCAUGGGCAAUGUGGUUAAAAAAAUAUCGUGUCCAGGAACUUGGAAAUUUAGAAGAAAAUAAACCUUUGAAAUCAGAAAAUCAUCAAAAUUGUCAAGAUUCUGAGGUAAAAGUCAUAACAUCUAAUACAGAAGAUCAAUCAAGUCCACCAGCUCAGCAAGUAGAACUGGGCCGCAUAACACUAGAGCGUCAGAUAUCAUCAACACCACCGUUACCACCUAAAAAUGCUCAGAUGCUUCCUCCACCAACUCCUCUACGAGGAAUAACAAGCGUCACACCUCUUCCUGUUCCAGAAAUGCCAGCUCCUCCUCGUCCUGAUUCUAUAAUCAAAGACAGUCCAGAGAAUGAAGCUGAGACAUCAGGAAAAUCAACAGAAAAUAUUGUCAACGAAGAUGCUAAAGAAUCUCCGAACAGGUGGAACAAAUUAAAGCUUCCUAAAAGAAUAUAUUCUAUUAAAGCUGUUGAUGAAGAUGAUCCAAUAGGAAAAGUGGUUUCUUUUAUCUGGUGGUUUUUUUUCAUUCUGGCUCGAGUGUUUGCUAUUGCUUUGUUCUAUGAAUUCUAUCCCAUUUGGUCUAUCGGGAUUCUUGGUAUUCAUUAUAUUCUCAUGUUGAGUUAUCUUUUCUAUUAUGCUAAAGAUUUCAAUAUCACCACCUUUAUCGUCAAUCUUUGGCUUGGACUUGUUUAUAUUAUUAGUCUUAUUGAGUACCGAGUCAAGUUUAGGUACGCAGAAAAAUGGAUUCUCUUUUACUACUUGUUUGUCAUUCUUCAGAAUACGGUGAUAACUGUUACAUGGUUCACUUUGAAUGAUUGGGAUAGCUUUUGGUAUUCCUAUAUGUUUUAUGCUAUUUUUAUCAGUAUGGGUCUUUGUAUUUUGUCCACAACUGUUUAUUAUGUUCUCUUAAAACCAGGUAUUCGACGUAUUUAUGCAAGUUAAUUUAAUCUCAGUUAACUUGUGAUGAAAUUUAAAUUUUUCUUUUAUUUAUAAUAAUUCAGAUCAACGGAAAUUCGAUUUUUAAUUACUUCUUGAUUAAUUAUAUUGACUUGUAUUACAAUAGACUGAUUAACGUCCAAUUUUUUUUUUUUUAAUUUUUGAUAAUUUUCUAUUGAAAAUAGAAGAUUGAAAACUUAUUAAAUAAAUAAUUUAUGUUUAAAGCAAUUGUUAUGAAGACGAGAGCUUAUUUAAUUAUCAUUUAAAAGCCAGCCAAGAUUCUGUUAUACAGUAUUUGAAUAAUGACUGAUACAUAGCACUUGCACGUACUUUCAAAUUAUUUAUGAGGCAACUAUAAAUAAUUACUACUAAUUAUUAGGAAAUUAUAGUGAACAUAAAAAUAUUUAAUAAAUUAGAUUCCUUAAAGAUAAGAUAUAGUAUAAUUUUUUAAAUUAAUUCAUUUUCAUAAAAAAUGAUCAAGCUAGAGUUAUUACAAAAAUGGAAUUGAAUAUUUGAACAAAAUUUUUUAAACAUUAGGAUUAUUUGUUUAUUAUUAUAAAAAAUAGUUGUGCAUAAAAAUCAUUUAUACAAAUAAUGUAUCUAUUAAUUAAAACUAUAUAACUUAGUGAUAGAUUAAAUUUUAUAUUCAAAAAAGAUUGUGAUCCCAUUGACGAAGAGACUUUUGCAUCAUAUAUAUUAUAUACAAACUUGGCAGCUGUUUAAUCGUUAUUUAUUAUCAAAUACAAUUUCAUUUUUAAUAUUAUUUACAUGUUUUAUAGUCUAUAUAUAUAUAAGCUUUGAUAUAAAAAAAUUUUGUAGUCAAAAAUAAUGUUUUCGACGAAUUUUUUCCGACAAACUAAACUUGAAGACUUGAAUUUCUGUGAAGUGUUCCAAGUUGUGCUUCAAAUAGUACAUCAUUUAAAAGUUUUUCAGCAACUAUUCGUUGAUCUAAACGCAUAUUUCUCAAUUUAGCUGCGACAUUUCUACCAAUUGCAUCAAACUCAUCUUCUAUAACGAAUGAAUUGUUUUGAGGAAAUUUAUUUAUCUCUGAUGUUGAAUCAUUCUCAUCAAUUCUACGUUUUCUAGCAGAUGGAGGCUCUGACCAGUUAUUUGAAGGUUGUUCAGGUACACUUUCACCAUUUGGUUGAUUGUCAUCCUAUUAAAUCAAUAAUAAUUUUCUUAAAGAAAUAUAAUUUUAAAAUGUUCUACGAUUACAA